AUGGGACAUAAGGAGCAUGGAGGGACUUGGCGCAUGGAAGCAGCUCAACUGGACACGCAAAGGAAGAAGGGAGAAGCCAUCUUGAAGACCAGCUCGACCGUCCACUCGACCAACCGGUCGAGUUCCUCAACUCGACCGGCCAAGCUUCAACUCGAUCGAGCUGGGGAGUCAAAGUCAAACCCGAAAAAUGUUGCUUCCCCCUUGACUUCCUUUGACCCUAAACCUAAUCCUCUUGUGUAUGCGAACUCGAUCGAGUCGGUCACAGAAGACUUGGUCGAGCUAGACAUUACAACGGGUAGAAAGAGGGUUCAGAGGUCACAGAGGGUACAAGAGGAACCUGAGGUGCUUGUUGCUGAUACAAUGGAUGUACCAGAGGGGAAUGGAAACCCUUUGGGACAUGGACUCGGUCGAGCUAGGCAAACUCGACCGAUUGGUCAAGGAGAUGCUCCAAACCGCCACCAACAGAGACAAGGGAUUGUUCCACCACCAGUGCAGAACCACAACUUUGAGAUCAAGCUGGGAAUGAUCAACCUUGUCCAGAACAAGAUGUUCCAUGGAUUGCCAAGUGAAGACCCCAUUGACCACCUUGAUGAGUUUGAUAGGCUUUGUGAUUUGACAAAGAUCAAUGGUGUCUCUGAAGAUGCCAUCAAGCUGAGACUCUUUCCUAUGUCUCUAGCUGACAAAGCUCACCAAUGGGAGAAGAGCUUGCCCCAUGGCACAAUCACCACUUGGGAUGAAUGCAAGAAGGCCUUUCUUGCUAAGUUUUUCUCCACCGGUCGCACAGCCAAGCUUAGAGGAGAGAUAUCCAGCUUCAUCCAGCGAAACAAUGAGACAUUCGCAGAGGCUUGGGAGAGGUAUAGGGAGAUGCUAGACACAGCUAGCAAUGGGAACUUCCUCAACCAGGAUGUAGAUGAUGGCUGGCAACUUGUGGAGAACAUAGCUAACUCAAAUGGAAGCUAUGGAGAAGAGUAUGAUCGCACCAACCGGAGCUCGACCCACCACUCGAUCGAGUCAGACGAAAAGUUGAGAAAAGAUGUUAAGGCAUUGAAUGAGAAGUUGGAUAAGCUGAUCCUAGCUCAGUCCACAAUGAAGAAAGUCAACUUUGUGUCUGCUGAGGAGAUGGAACCAGUCCAAGAAGGGGAGGAUACACAAUUUGCUGAGGUAUGCUACAUGAGCAAUGGGCAAGGAGGUUACAACAAAGGAUACUAUAACUACAAGUCCAACCCUGCCAUGUCAUACCGCAACACUGAUGUUGCUAACCCUCAGGACCAAGUCUAUCCUCAACAACAAGCAGCUCGAUCGAGUCAAGGACCACAACAUGGGUAUGGUCAAAAGAACAAUUACCAAGGACCACAAGGCACUUUCCCUGGACAACAAAUGAAUAUCCCACCAGGCUUCCCCCACCAACCGCCCCAGCCUGCACCUUCACAAGAGAAUGAGCUCAAAGCAAUGCUAAAGCAACUACUUCAAGGGCAAGCUGAUGGGGUAGUGGACACAAGCAAGAAGCUAGCUGAAAUAAACUCUAAGAUCGAGAACCUCAACACAAGGGUUUACUCUCUGGAGAAUCAUGCUUCUUCUGUUGCUGCUGCUACAAAGCAAGGACAACUACCUGGUAAAGCUAUUCAGAACCCCAAGGAACAGUGCAAGGUCAUCUUCACUCAAGAAGGACUUGUUGAAGAAGAGGAUCAAGAAAGGGUCAUUGAAGAUUUUUGUUUACUGCUGAAUGAUGAAGAGAUUGUUGCUGCUGAGGCUCCUGGAGUCCAGAUUGAUCAACCAGAAGUGCAUGCACCUACUGUGGCCAUUCACACUUCACCAGUUGAGCUCGCACGACAAGCUCGAUCGGCAGCUCGAUCGAGUCCAACUCUAGCUCGAUCGAGUCCGACCUCUUCUGUCCGACAGCCUGUUUUGCUUGAUCCUUAUCAACCGGUUGCCGCUUCCUCGUCUCGCCUACUUAGUCAAGGUCACAAGGAAGUGAUUCACAAGUUCAGAAGAGAUCUCAGUGGGAUUGGAAUUGAGUUGCCUCUAUGGAUAGCAUGA